AUGAAAGAUUAUGGAGGUAGGGGUCCGGAGAGCCAUGUCAGGAAAUACACGCAGAUGCUGCUGAAGGGGUUAUCUUGCAUUUACUAUAAUGGUCAUGUGCAUUGCGAUCUUAAACUUGCAAACAUCCUGGUUUUUCCUUGUCGAGAUCAUGGAGUAAAGGGUCAUCAUCUUAAGAUUGCUGAUUUUGGGCUGGCUAGAGAGCCUGGAGAGGACGAUUCGGAUAAGUUGUUGCAUAUGUAUCAAUACCGCGGGACGCCAUGCUAUAUGUCUCCUGAGUCUGUGCAAUUUGUUGAGAUCACAUCGGCUUUGGAUAUAUGGUCUCUUGGUUGCAUUGCUGUUGAGAUGAUCAAUGGACGGAUUGCUUGGGGAACUUUGGAUUCGAAAGAAUUAUUCAAUAAGCUUGUCCGUGGGAAUGAGUCACCAAUGAUUCCUGAAAAUAUGCCAGAGAAAGGAAAAGAUUUCUUGAGGGGGUGCUUUAAGAGAGGUCACUGUGAGAGGUGGUCUGCUGAUAGCCUCCUGACUCGUUCUUUCAUUCUCGACGAGCUACUGCCGCCAGUGGAAACGAAGACUGGAGAAUCGUCGAGCUCCCACAUUGAUGGUGUAGUUCUGUCUCUGGGCAUAAAAGGAUUGCUUGAAAGACUGAAAUUAGAUAUGUUCAAUCUUUUUGCUGCAAGUACAGAACUCCUUUUACUGGUUAUCGCAGACCUUUGCUUGUUUCCACUGCUCUACAUCGUCAACUUACCGUUAAGCUAG